GGCGGCAACCGUUUUGCAGAGCCAGACGCGGAGGAAAGCUCCGGUCGCCCCAUUUCCCGAGGGGGGCCCGGCCCCGGCUCACGUGAUGCCGGGCGAAGCCCCCAAAUACCGGCCCGGCGGCUCGGCGGCUCCAUCGCCGUCGCCUCCGGCCACCGCGCUGAAGAUGCUCUGGCUCCUGGGCUGCCUCUGCCUGGCGGCGGGGCCGGCGCUGGCCAAGGUGGGCUCCUUCGGCGAGUGCCGCCGCUUCUUCUACGGCGGGCUGGAGCCCAAGGGCCUGGGCUCGGCCUCGGCCGCCGCGAUCUGCCAGCAGCGCGGCGGGCAGCCCCGCUUCGCCACGCUGUACGACCGCGAGCGCUCGGUGCCGCGCUGGUCCGCCUACGUCCUGCGCGCCCAGAGCUGCCCGGGCCAGGCGCAGCGCCGCAGCCAGUGGUUCGUGGAGCCCCAGCUGGCCAGCGCCAGCAUGUCCCCCGACAUGGCCACGGAGAGCGAGUCCGGCCUGUGCUGCGGCGCGGAGCGGCCCGGCCAGGCGCUCAGCGAGCACUACGAGGACACGGCGUUCAGCCGGGGCCAGCUCAACCCCGGCGACCACCACUGCGACGCCGCCCGCACGGCCACCUUCACCCUCACCAACGCGGUGCCCCUGGAGCCCUGCUUCGCCCACGGGCGCUGGCGGCUGCUGCAGCGGGCUCUGCGCGACCAGCUGCGGCUCAGCUGCCCCGCGGGCGCCUACGUGGUGACGGGGGCCACCCCCGGCACCGUCGCCAUCCCCAGCGCCGCCGACAAGGAGGGCGACCGCGAGCGCCAGCUGGGCCGGGUGGUCGUGCCCCGGCACGUGUGGACGGCCGUUUGCUGCGACAGCACCAAGCCGGAGGAGAAGUUCUCCCUGGCCUUCCUGGCGGAGAACACGGCGGCCUCCAGGGUCCAGGCGUUCCCGGUGAAGACGCUGGCGGAGAGGCUCGCGGCCAUCCACGCCACCUCGGAGAGCGUCGAGAUCUUCGCGGACGACUGCAACUCGCAGAGCCCCAAGGUCCAGGCCGUGAUAGCAGGGGUGCAAAACGCUUUGGAUUUCUCGAUGUCGCCGGCGGCGGGCUGGAAGGAGGCGGAGGACGCGGGCAACGCCGAGGAGGAGGAGGGGCUGGAGCUGGAUGCGGCGACCACCUUGAGCUUCUCCAGCCUGCGAGCGUGGCACCAGCGCUUCACCAAGCUGCACCGCCAAGGCGCCGUGGCCUGCGUGCUGCAGCGGGCCGACGCCGCGCCGGGGCCCGAGCCGCCCGCCGGCUCCUGGGCCAAGGAGUGCGUCCUGCAGCAGCAGAAGCACCUGCCCAGCUCCCUGACGGCGGCCGAGGGCUGGUCCUGCGACCGGCUGCCCUGCGACACCCACGGCGAGGCUUCCUACCGCUGGUGCUACGCGGCGGAGCGCCGCGGCGAGAGCCGGGUGCCGUGCUGCAGCAGCCGCUGCGCCGUGCCCGACGGCGAGAGGCAGCUCUCCUGCGACCGGGGCGACGGCGAGCGCAUCAGCUGCUCGCCGCUCUACUCGGCCGUGACGGUGAAGGGGCAGUCGUGCCGGGACGGCUUCCCCUGCGGCCUCUACGGCAAGAGCUACUUCUGGUGCUACACAGACGAGCAGGGCUCCUGGGACUACUGCUGCGCGCCGCAGCACUUCUGCGGCGGCCACGGCUACGGCUACUCCUGGUGCUACGUGGACAACCGCCAGAGCAGCUGGAAGAAGUGCGCGCCCUGAGCCGGAGCCCCGCGGCGGGCGCCGGGGCGCGGCGG